ACCAAUUUGGCUUGCCUCUCGACGAGCUUGAACUUCAUCCGCCCGACACAAUACAAAACCGCGGGCGGUCUUCUCAAGAUGAAGUUCUUCAUAGACGAGCUCCCCGUGCUCUUCCCUUACCCAAGGGUAUAUCCAGAACAGUAUGCCUACAUGUGUGAUCUCAAGCGCACGCUGGACGCCGGCGGCCACUGCGUUCUGGAAAUGCCGUCAGGCACAGGUAAAACUGUGUCCCUGCUCUCGCUCAUCGUAGCGUAUCAGCAGUUUCAUCCUGAAAAGAGGAAACUCAUCUACUGCUCGCGUACCAUGUCUGAGAUCGAAAAGGCACUCGCCGAGCUGAGAGGGCUGAUGAAGUAUCGAACCGAGCAGUUAGGGUAUGAAGAAGAAUUCAGAGGACUCGGCUUGACCAGUCGAAAGAAUCUGUGUCUGCACCCGUCGGUCAAGCGUGAGAAGAGUGGCUCCGUUGUCGACGCGCGAUGCCGAAGCCUGACGGCAGGGUUUGUCAAAGAGAAGAAGGAGCGCGGCGAAGAUGUCGAGCUCUGCGUCUACCACGACAAUCUCGAUCUUCUGGAACCGCAUAAUUUGAUCCCGCCUGGCGUUUGGACGUUUGAUAGCAUGCUCAAGUAUGGCGAGCAACAGAAGCAAUGCCCAUACUUCACGGCUCGGCGGAUGAUGCCGUAUUGCAACGUGAUAAUCUAUUCCUACCACUACCUGCUCGACCCAAAGAUUGCCGAGCGGGUGUCCAAGGAGCUGUCCAAGGAUUGCAUUGUCGUCUUUGACGAAGCCCACAACAUCGACAACGUGUGCAUCGAAUCUUUAAGUAUAGACAUCACCGAAGAUUCGCUGCGAAAAGCGACCCGUGGCGUGAACAACCUAGAUCGCAAGAUCACAGAGAUGAAGUCGACCGAUGCGGAGAAACUACAGAACGAAUACUCAAAGCUCGUAGAGGGAUUGCGAGCAGCAGACGAGGCCAGGGAUGAAAAUGCCUUCAUGGCAAACCCAGCGCUGCCAGAUGACCUUCUCAAGGAAGCCGUGCCUGGAAACAUCCGAAGAGCAGAACACUUCGUAGCGUUCCUCAAACGCUUCAUCGAGUACCUCAAGACGCGAAUGAAAGUCCUGCACGUCAUCUCCGAGACACCACCCUCCUUCCUCAGCCAUCUCCGCGACCUGACGUUCAUCGAGCGGAAACCACUUCGGUUCUGCGCCGAGCGACUGACCUCGCUGGUCCGCACAUUAGAACUCACCAACAUCGAAGACUACCAACCGCUACAAGAGGUCGCAACCUUCGCCACCCUCGUAGCAACCUACGAAUCCGGCUUCCUCCUCAUCCUCGAACCCUUCGAAUCCAUAACCGCCACGGUCCCCAACCCAGUCCUCCACUUCACCUGCCUCGACGCCGCCAUCGCCAUCAAGCCCGUCUUCGAACGCUUCAGCUCCGUCAUCGUUACCUCUGGCACCAUGUCCCCCCUCGACAUGUACCCCCGCAUGCUCAACUUCUCAACCGUCGUCCAAGAAUCCUUCACCAUGACCCUAACUCGCAAAGCCUUCCUCCCCAUGAUCGUCGACCGCGGCAGCGACCAAAACCAAGUAACCUCCCAAUUCGAGCACCGCAACGACGGCCCCGUGAUCCGCAACUUCGGCAACCUCCUCAUCGAAUUCUGCAAGCUCACGCCCGACGGCGUCGUCGUCUUCUUCCCCUCCUACCUGUACAUGGAAUCCAUCAUCUCGCAAUGGCAAGGCAUGGACGUCCUCAACCAAGUCUGGAAAUACAAGCUCAUCCUCGUGGAAACCCCGGACGCCCAGGAAACCUCCCUCGCCCUCGAAACCUUCCGCACAGCCUGCAACAACGGCCGCGGAGCGGUCCUCCUCUGCGUGGCCCGUGGCAAGGUCUCCGAGGGCAUCGACUUCGACCACCACUACGGCCGCACCGUGCUCUGCAUGGGCGUGCCCUACCAGUACACAGAGUCCCGUAUCUUGAAAGCCCGCCUCGAGUUCCUGCGCGAGACGUACCGCAUUAAGGAGUCUGACUUCCUGUCUUUCGACGCGAUGCGCCACGCUGCGCAGUGUCUGGGCCGUGUUAUCCGUGGCAAGGACGACUACGGUAUCAUGGUGCUGGCGGACAAGCGGUUUGGGAAGAAGAUCCCACAGCUGCCGAAGUGGAUUCAGGCGGGUCUCGACACGAAGAAUACGAAGCUCAGCGUUGAUCAGGCGGUCGGGUACGCGAAGGCGUUCUUGAGGGAGAUGAGCGUGCCGAGGAGUAGACACGAACUCGAGGGUCACAGUUCGUGGAGUAUAGAGCAGCUCGAGGCGCACCAGGAGAAGUUGAAGGGCGCGGCGGUCGCGGGGACUGAUAAUAAGUUGAUGAGGGCUGCGGAGGGGAGGGCGGAGCUUAUGGAGGUGGAUGAUGAUGAUGAUGAUGAGUUUGGGGGUGGGGGGAUGGAUGCCGUCAUGGCGGACUUGGAUGCUUGAGGAAGAGAUUGUAUGCAAAUUUGUGUAUAGCAUUGGGAUAUCUAGAUUGUCUGGCUGCUUUUGGGUACGGCGUUCAACGGGCAAGGAACGAUUUGGAUCCGGAAAAUCAUCGAAUUUGUAAGAAUAAUUAGUACACGGCGGAAUGCCAUAUAUCAAACAAUCUAUCUAUCCUUCACAUUG